AUGUCUAACGCCCAUGCAUCCGGUUUAGACCGCACGUUGCAUAACUUAAAAAAUGGGUUUCUCCAAGGAGUCUUGCGAGGUUGCCAUCGCGGCCUCCUCUCGACGCACGACUAUUCGAAGCUGAUGGUCUGUGAGACUUUGGACGACGUGAAAACUUUAUUGUGCAGCACUGAUUAUCGUGCACUUAUACAAGACUUGCCAUCCCCCCUCCACUCUUCAACAAUUGUCUCUACGUGCACACAGAAAAUGGUGAACGAUUUCAACAUAUUUCGCUCACAAGCAGGCGAACCGCUGGGAGCGUUUCUGGACUUUUUGACGUAUGGCUACAUGAUAGACAACGUAGUGCUCGUGGUGACAGGAGUACUUCACGAACGUGGCGUGCAUGAACUACUACAGAAAUGCCACCCUCUUGGAUCAUUCGACUCAAUGGCAUCAAUAGCAGUCGCAAACAAUAUGCGGGAGCUUUACAGAAUGGUCAUCGUGGACACCCCCCUUGCUCCAUACUUCAGCCAGUGCUCAAAUCAAGAGGAUCUCGAUGAAUUAAAUGUCGAGAUCAUGCGUAAUAUUUUGUAUAAGGCGUAUUUGCACGACUUCAUGAAGUUUUGUGAAGGAGUGGGCGGCGUCACGGCCACCUCAAUGAUGGACAUCCUGGGAUUUGAAGCAGAUAAACGGGCAAUAACUAUUACUGUUAACUCCUUGGGCACAGAGCUAUCUCGGAAUGACCGGGGCUCUCUUUUUCCAGAGCUAGGGUCGCUAUAUCCAGACGGACAUCGCGACCUCGUUUCAUGCAAUGAUUUUGUUCAAGUACAAGCAACCAUGGAGAUGUAUUUGUCUUACGAGGGAUUCGGCACAGGACUGAUUCAGACAAAUGAUAAACCGCUCGAGAAGAUUUUCUCAGAGGAAAAGAUGAAGAAAUGCCAAAGUGCCUUCAAAGAGCAAUUUAAUCUUGCAAGCUUUUAUGCUUACAUGAAAAUGAGAGAGCAAGAACUCAGAAACCUAAUGUGGAUCACUGAGUGUAUUGCUCAGGACCAAAAGCAUCGUAUUUCAGAUGGACUGAUCAAUGUUAUGAACGAUUAA